CAUAAAAGGACUGAAGUCUCAACAAAGCGCGCACAAAGCAAAGUUACGACUGCGAGCACAUACUCUUCCUUCAGCCAUGGCGGAUUCGGACCCUAUGUCCAGUGUUUGUAUCGGCUGGGAGAUUGAAUUUUGGACAUUCCAUGGUUGUAUCUGCAAUCUAUUUGUUUUCUUCCCAUUAAAAGGGAAAUCUUGAACAAUGGGUUCUUUUGCGGUCGCUUGCCAGUCCUGGAUCGUUUUGGCUUUGAACUUUUUCUCAUCCGUAUUUACUGCAAUGUAAUUAGUGCCCGGAUAUUGAUGUAUCCCUGUUUUGAUUUUUGGGUAGUCAAAAGAUGUACAUUCACAAGCUAAUGGUAGGGUUGGGGUUUCGGGAAUUUAAUUGUUCUGAAAUUUGUAGCCAAUACAGCAGAGAUACAUUUACAGAAUUUUAAGUUAGUUUAAUUUUCAGGUGACUUUUUCUUUAUUUUUAAUUUUUUUAAUUCUUUCUGGGUUUGGUUUUGAUAAAUGGCACCGAACUAUAAUUACAGCCUCUUUCUCUUCACAGUGAUAAAAUUGUAAGUUCGGAUCAUGUUCUUGAGUAUAGUGAAUUUUUCAGGGGUUUUUGGAUUCCUCGUGAAAUCUUUUUAGGAUUACCAUCAUUCCGUCAUGAUUUAAUUCCACGGAUAAAUAAUUCAAGAUAUAAUAAAGGAAGUGCAGAAAAGAUGGAUGGUGGUGGAGCAGAGUCCUUGCAAGAAGAUGUUCACGCUCCCUCCUCACAGGCUCAGCCUGAAGAAAUAGAGAGACAAGCUCGUGUAGAUGCUGUGUGGCAACAAAUGAAUAAAGGAGUUUCUGCCAAAACUCUGAAAUCCAUUUUGGAAAAUCAGAGUUCAGUCGCAAACAAGCCUCGUCAAAAAAAUCCUGGGAGUAAAUCAUCAACAGGUUGGAAGACUUAUCUGGGUUUGGGAUUAAAGAAGACACCAUCUCCUGAAAAAGGGGUGCCAGAAAAGCGUCCAAGCAUCAGUCAAAAUGGCGCCAGUGAAGAUGCCAAAAAACUUGCUGCUGCUGCUCUUUCAGCAGUUAAGGAUGCUGCUGCUGCUGCUGCCAAUGCAGGAAGGGGGAAAGUUGAGAUCACUGAAGUUCGAGAUUUUGCUGGUGAGGAAAUUGAAGUUAAGAAGCUUGUUGAUGCUGCAUCUAAAGAGGCAGCUGAGAAAGGUAAAGGUGCAGCGGGUGCCACUUCUGCUGUUGAUGCUGUUCUAGAACAGAUAAAAAAGAAACCUAAACUUAGCGUGCUCGAUAAGACAAAGAAGGACUGGGGUGAGUUCAAGGAAGAAAAUAAGGGCAUGGAAGAUGAACUAGAUGCAUACAAGAAAAGUUCAAAUCAGUAUCUGGACAAGGUUUCCUUCUUGCAGCGUGCUGAUUACCGAGAAUUUGAACGGGAAAGGGAUGCUCGGCUUGCUUUGCAGGCCAAGCGAAGGACUGAGAUGCGGGAUGAUCUAUGAGAGAGUAGCCAAAGUAGUUAGAUGUCACAAACUCAAAAUCAAGUAAAAGCCUUAUAAAUUAGCAGGUGUGCUCUGUAAUGCAUGCGCACCAGAAAAUUUUCAAGUUUCUGUUAUGGAUUUUGAAGAUCAUUGUAUCUCCGAAUAGUAAGGAUUCUAAAAAGUUCGUCAUGGCUAGAAAAGUAUCCGGUGGGGUGUUUAUUGCUUGUGCAAUACUGAAAACAUUGUCCAACGUUUCUACCCAAGAAAGACCUGUCGUGUCCUGGAC